AUGGUCAACUUGCACCCACUGUGCUCAGCUUCAGCUCGGGAAGACGUCGCCCUGGGUUUGCUGGAAGUGGGCUCCAGCCAGGGUGGCCCAGGGAUGGGCAGUCCACAGGGCCUUUCUGGUGUGGGCCUGCCCCAGGGCUCUGCUGCUGCCUUACCUUGCUGGGAUGACUGCUUGAUUAAAGACCCCAACAGUGGACCAGGCCCUGGUGUUCCCAGACCUGCAGCUAUGGCGCAACAAGGCAGGUGUUUGAGGCGGCCCUGCAUGGGGUCCCAGGACUGCACCGGGGGCCUCAUCAGCAACCUGCUGCACUGGUGGUGUGAGGGGAGGGUGGGCCACCUUGGUAUCCUCCCUCUAUCCCACUGGGGGCUGGUGGGCCCUGAGGUGGAGGCAUCUCCUUGGGCCCUGCUGAGGAUGGCAGUAGUGGGUCAGCUCCUGGUUGGGGGACUGGUGUGGGGCCGACUCCUCCAUCCCACAUAGGCUCCUGUGCCUCUCCCCAUCAGUUGGCCAAUGGAGCUCCAGAACAAGCUGUUGCUGCCAGAUAAAGCAGCAAAGCCUGCUCCACUGCCCACCCCAGGCCCCCUUCCCUUCCUCCCACAGGCUGAGUGGAGAACCCUAAAACUACGGGACAGGCUCCCGUUGCCUGUGCCUACACAGGAGGGUGCUGGCUCUGGCAGGAAGACAGCGUGCCUGCCCUGCAUCACCUGUCCCAGUGCAAACACCUUGGGAAGGGGGUUCCUGGUGGAUCUCUGACAACCAGAGACCUCCAGGGCCAAGCUGCCCACUCCUGGUCCCUCAAUAAAGAACUGCGAGCAAAUGCUUGUCCUGUGGAGUUGGGCAGGCAUGGGGCUAGCUGCAAGCAUCUGUCUUCCCCUAGGAGGCCACUGCAGCCUGGCCCUUCUGUGCCCUGGGCCCCUCCUCAAUGCACCACCACCAACCACACCACCCUGGGACAGAGGAAACACAUGGGAGGCCACAGCAUAGAGCCUGUCUGUUUAUAGAUCUCUGCCUGUCUCAUCUGUCCAUCCACCUGUGUGUAUAUAUCUGUAUAUCUCUAUUGAGCGGGGAACGGGACAGUUGUGUAAAAAUUCAAAAUACAAUUCUGACUGUGAACAACCUGCA